AUGGCGCACAACACCUCCCUCGAUGUGUCAUUUAUCGAAUGGGCACCCGAUGAACUCCUUUCACAGCAGUGCAACAUCAGCGAGGACAAGGCGAAGCGCGUGUGCAAGCUGUUCGAUGAAGGAUACGAGGUGGCCUUUGUCGCGCGGUACAGGGUCGCGCAAACGGGCAACAUGACCACCGAUGAGGUCCGGCGGGCCCAUGAAAGUUACAAGGAUAUAAAAGUGCUCGAACAGAAGAUCGUAAAAGCGGCAAAUACGCUAACUCAAAAGGUGGAGGGGCCCGAGUUGGUCGAUGCGUUGAAAGGAUUACAGCAGGCUCGCGACAAUGAGGACAUUUUGGUGAUUACCCAACAAUUUGCGGCCGAGAAACGGGUGACAAAAGCAGCAAAAGCAAGGGAGCUCGGACUCGCCGAAGCAGCACAAGCCAUUUUUCAAGGAAAAGCCGUCCGGGUGCGCGAGUUGAUCAAUGGAGCCGAAUUAAACGAUCUGAAAACGGUUGAAACCCACCUGAAGCAUCUGCUCGCCGAUCUCAUCAACAAACACCCGGAAACACUCGCCGCCGUUCGAAAAAUCGGGCAACUCGACACCCGGCUUUUUGUCAGCGUCGUUGGUGAGCUGUCGGCAAAGGCGAAAAAGCUGAAACCAGGCGAUCCGAAUCAUGAUCAAAUAAAACACUUUGAGCGGUACACCAAUUUCACGAGGAACGCGCACCAGGUGGAGAAUUGCCAGAUCCUGGCUCUAGAGAGAGGUGCUGAACGGGAUAUCGUCAGCUGGAAAGUCCAAAUGAAAGAUGCCGGACGAGAGCAUCCAUUGGCGCGACAUCCGGUUCAUCCUAGCCACCUACAAUUGUAUCAGACCUCAUUCGCUCACGCCCUCGACCAAUCGUUCGUCCCAAAAUGCCAGCGCGCCAUUUCUAGAUUCCUCACCUCAAGAGCCGAACAAGCAGCCAUCGAGUGCUUUGCCCGAAAUCUUCGGCAGCUCUUCUCACAGCAACCACUCUCCGAUCUGCAUAUUAUUGCCCUCGACCCUGGUUACAAGGCGUGCAAGAUGGCGUUUUUGAGCCCAUUGGGUGAGGUUCUCGGUCACCUAGAGUCGCGCUUUGGCGGGCAGCGCUUUUCCCCGGAGGGCCUUGCGCAGUUGAAGAAUUGGUGUAAACAGUCUGGGUCUCGCUGUGUCUUUGCCGUUGGAGAUGGCACGGCUUCACGAGAAACGCAAGUCGAGCUCGGCCGCCUUUUCAGGGAGAAGGCAUUCGGGGCGGGCGAUUGGAAAUUUUGCGUCGUCUCCGAGAGUGGCGCCUCGAAAUAUAGCGUAACUCCACUGGCCGAAGCCGAAUUCCCGGAUUUGCCGCCGACGACGAGGAGUGCAAUCUCGCUUGGCCGCCGACUUUUGGACCCGAUGGGCGAGUAUGUAAAAAUCGAGCCGCAACAUCUUGGGAUGGGAAUGUAUCAGCACUCAGUUCCGGAGAAGAAACUUUCAACAAAACUGAAGGAAACGGUGCGUGAAGCCGUCUCGAUGCGCGGGGUUAACGUCAAUACAGCCUCCCUACAACUUUUACAACAAGUCUGCGGGCUGAACAAGACGACAGCCGCUGGGAUCAUAAAAAUGCGUGAAAUUGCGCCGAUCAAGCGCCGAGCGGAUUUGCAGAAAAUCAAGGGGCUAGGAGCCAAAUCGUAUGAACAGUGCGCCGGUUUCCUGAUCGUCCUGCCGCCCGAUCAAGCCGAAUCCGGGGGAGCCGGCGAAAAAGCGCAAGAAAAUGAAUCCGUCGUUCGGGACCUACUGUUGACCGAGGAAAAGCUGGUCCCAGCCCCGUUACUUCAGACCCAAAUCCGGAACAUUGGCUCGUUGAAAGUGGGCGAACGGCUGAGCGGACGCGUUCAAAAUACGACCGAUUUCGGCGUCUUUGUCGACAUUGGCGCCGAGAAGAGCGGGCUUCUCCAUCGAUCCAAGGCCGGGCAGCAGGUUUUCGAGGUCGGCCAAGUCGUCGACGUGUGCAUCGACCAGACGGACGCGGCGCGGCAGCGGAUCGGGUUGAGAUUGGCU